AUGGCCGACAAACCGAGAAGAAAGAUAUCUCACCAGAGCGAGCUCGAUCUGUUGAAUUUAUCUCUUCUCAAUAUGAUGAGCUUUCUCAAUUUAAAGAAACAGCCAAAAGACAGAUACAAGAUAUACUUAUUAGAGUCGAACAAAAUUUCAGAAAGAUGUGAUCUGAUUGCAAAAACUGUCGAAGAAUCUGAAGCAUACAGCUAUCAGUUCAAUGUUAAAAUUGUGGGAGUACCAGAAAUAGCCGAAAAAGAAUCUGCCCAACAGACUGCUAAUCUCUGUAUCAAGUUAUUUACUGCUUUGGGAGCAGAAGAUGUAUCUUUGAAUGAUAUUGGCACAGCACAUCAAGUACCAUC